GGACACGGACACACGGACAGGGGCACACGGACAGGGACACACGGACAGAAACACACAAACACGCACAGGGGCACACGGACACGCACAUGGACACACGGACAGGGACACACGCACAGGGACACACGGACACGCACAUGGACACACACGCACAGGUGCACACGGGCAAGCACAGAGACAUAUGGACAGGGACAUACGGACAGAGACACACAAACACGCACAGGGGCACACGCACAGGGACACUCGGACAGGGACACACGGACACGGACAGGGACACACGCCCGCACAGCCAGCCCGGCUGCGGGCGGACAGGAUACGCCUGGCAAACAACGCUCGCAUCUGAGCACAGGCAGGACCAGCCCAGCCGGGAGGAGGGAGCAAAGGGAGAGAAGGUACCGGGGGCACCUCCUAACAAAGCGGGCUCAGGCUGCCCGGACCCCCGCGCACCCCCGGCAGCAGCAGGGAAGGCUGCCAGGGCCAACCGGGCACGGCCGAGCCGGAGCUCCAUCCACCAGAAGCGAGCAGCAGAAAUGAAAGUUUCGAAAUAGCAUCCGAAGAAGCGCCAAGGAGCGGACCGAGCGGAGCUGCUCGCACCGGCGCCCGAUGGUGCAUCCGAGCGGCUGCGCCAGAGAUGUGACCGGCCCCUGCCCGCUGCAUGGAGAGGGGUGAAGGCGCACAGACCCCUCGCUAUUUAUUUAUUUAUUGGAAGCAAUGUAUGGCUGACACCCAGAAGGAAUCUGAGCCCUGAAAAAAAAACAAACUAAACCACCUCUGGACCCAAACGAGAACAAGAAGAAUGAGACAGCAGCCUUGACCCCUACACUGAGGGGAAGGUGAGCAGAAAGAAAGAAAACACAGAAAAGCCAUGCAAGCACUAAACCUGUAGGUUACUGCAGGUCUUUUUUUGCUUCACUGAGGACAAAUAUUUUACUGACAGCCAUGCAGCAUAAAGGCAUCAUGCUGAUUGUGUUCUUGGAAUAUUUUAUUUCUGGACGUGGGGAAGCAGAUCCCAGCAGACCACGAGCCCUGCGCUGCAGCGGCCGCGCCUGCAACCCUCCAGUGGGAAACCUGGCCACGGGAAGGACACCAGUGACCAGCAGCACGUGUGGCCAGAACAGCACAGAGCUCUACUGCUUCUUCCCAGAGCAGAGGCUGCUCCUCCACGGCUCCCCUGGCUGCGGGCAGCCCCGCUGCGCCAAGUGCAACAGCAACCAGCCCGACAACUCCCACCUCCCUGCUGCCAUGACUGACGAUGUCUUUGCAAACCCCAUCUCCUGGUGGCAGUCUGCCCAAGGGGUGCACAGAGAGGAAAUCCGACUGGACUUGGAGACAGAGUUCUACCUGACCCACGUCAUCGCCGUGUUCAAGUCGCCCCGCCCGGCUGCCAUGGUGCUGGAGAGAUCCCAGGAUUAUGGGCAGACCUGGAGGCCCUACAAGUAUUUCUCUGUCAACUGUACAGCUACUUUUGGGCUCCAGGAUGAUCUCGUUGAGGAAGGCUCCAUGUGCACCUCCAGGUAUUCGGAUGCAGUGCCCUGCACCAGAGGAGAGGUGAUUUAUCGUGCCCUAAGUCCAGCUAACAAGAUCGAGGACCCUUACAGCCCUGAGGCUCAGGACCUCCUGAAGCUCACCAACCUCCGCCUGCUUUUGUUAAAAAGGCAGGAAUGUCCAUGCCAUGGCUCAGCAUCGGUAGAGAAACCCCAAAGAUUUGCCCACUAUGCUAUUUAUGACCUGAUCAUCCGGGGAAGCUGCUUUUGCAAUGGGCAUGCAGAGGAAUGUGAGCUUGCCAACAGGACGGGAGUCAUGGAGAACAUGGUGCAUGGGAAGUGUGUGUGCAGACACAACACGGCCGGGCACCACUGCGAGAAGUGCGCUCCGCUCUACAACGACCAGCCCUGGAAGCCAGGAGAUGGGAAAACAGGGGCACCAAAUGAAUGCAGAAAGUGUCGCUGCCACUUCGACCUGAGCGUGUGGCUGGCCUCGGGGAAGCGCUCCGGGGGCGUGUGUGACAGCUGCCAGCACAACACCGAGGGACACCGCUGCCACAGGUGCAAAGCAGGCUUCUACCGAGACACCGCCAAGCCCAUGUCCGCUCCAGACGCCUGCAAGCCCUGUGCCUGCCAGCCCAUGGGUUCAGCCAAUGCCACGUUCAGCAGCAGCUGGAGGUGCCACCCCCGGACAGGAUUCUGCUACUGCAAGCCAGGAGUGGCAGGUCCCAGGUGUGACAGGUGCCUGGUGGGCUACUGGGGCUUUGGGGAGCACGGCUGCCAGCCCUGUGACUGCGCCAGAGACUGCGACCAGCGCACUGGGACCUGCCUCAACAGCUAUGACAGUGAGCCCUUCUUUAACAUCCCCAUCGGGGGACGGAUCCCUGACCUCCUCCAAACACCAACCAACGAGAGCGAAGAGGAGUGGAAAUGGAACGACCACGAGCAGGGAUUUUCUGCACUGAGGCACCCAGAAAAGUGUGUGUGCAAAGAAAAGGUGCUCGGAAGCGUCAGUGACUUCUGCCAAAUGAAAUAUGCUUAUGUAAUAAAAGCAAGAAUCCUAUCUGCUCAUGACAAAGGGACCCAUGCAGAGGUUGUUGUGAAAGUGAAGAAGGUCCUGAAAUCAGGCAAAGUGAAAAUUGCUCGGAGCAACAGAAGCAUUUACCCAGAAUCCUGGACCAACAGAGGCUGUACAUGUCCCAUUCUCAAUCCUGGUACUGACUAUCUUAUAGCAGGCCAGGAGGACUCUAGGACUGGCAAACUCCUUGUGAACAUGAACAGCCUGGUGAAACCCUGGAAGGCGUAUUUGGGAAAACAAGUAACAGAUAUUCUUCGAACUGGAUGCAAAUAAUUUCUGCUUCAGAAAUUACAGUGCUGGACUUUGCCUUUUAGUAACAAUGCAGUGAAAGGUGUAGUUAGUUCAUGCAUUCCCAUUCAACGUGCUCCUAGCUGAAGUGAGGAAAGCAGACUUGCCAUCCUUCCUUUCAUGUGCUUAGACAGGAAACUUGGGACAUGACUAUUUUUUUUAAGAAAUGCACAGCCUUAUCAUAAAAAAUUACCUAGUGCAUCAUAUAUAGAUCACAAGUCAGUUCUUCACUUGAGCCUGACUCCAGUCAGAAUCCUUUUACAAGGCAUAACUAAAGAUAUGGAUUAGUAUUUCCAUACUUCAGGUCAGUCUGAUAUUAAUAUGCAUAAACUGCUUUCAUAACACAUUCAUUACUGAGGUGUAAUUUUCUUUGUAAGUGACCACUAAAAGGCAGCAAUUUCCUUCAGCUUUACAAGUGGCAUAAUACUAAAUAAGCAUAUAACAGAGCUCAAACUGAUUCACCAUCAGACUGCAAUUAUGCCAAUAUAAUGGGCUGCUUUCUAGAAGACAGUAUUAUCCCACUGCUGACCAGAAACAAACAUGUGGCUUACCUUGAGACAGUGUCCUUUUAGAGAUGUGCACUGCUAUCAAUGCUUAGUGCUGAGCUCUGCUGCAGGAACCACCUUGGCUCAAACUCUGUUCCAAAUCCAGCUCUUUGCUGCAGUACUUAGUCUGUAACACCACAGAGGUUUCACAGCAAUUACCACAAAUAAGCCUUAUAUAUAGGAAAAAGCCAAAGUGUGAGGAACUAGCAGCUGCCCUAAUAGUGAAAUUGUGACACUACAAAAGGCACAAAGCAGAAAUAGGAGGUAAAUGGAUUGGCUGGAGCAUGUAUAAAAUGAGAUAAGCUGUAGUUCUGGCUAUUCCAACUGUGCUCAAGACCACUGGCCUUUGAUUGCACUUAGUGCUUUCACUGUGCUUUAUUUCUCUUGGUCACACUUCAGGGUAAGAUGCUGAAGCUCUGCUUCCUUCCCAUACUGCUUGAGGAUUAUUUCUCCCUCUGCAAAAGUACAGGAGUGGUAACAUCUGCACUCCAGGUAAAAUUAGUUCUGCUCUGCAAAAGCAUCCUUUCUAAAUCAAUUUUACCCCACAGUAAUCAAGAGGUAGCUACUUAAAUCCUUCCUUAACACAGAAUUUUGAGGAAAUUGUAGUUUGAGACCUGUGCCCCCUGUUCAAGGACUCACAAACAAAUGAAGCUGUUGGAGCACUCUCUCUUCAAUUAAGCAGAAAUUACAAUGAAUCAAUCUAUAUUCUUUCAGGACAUUACAGAGAAAGAGCAAGUACACAGGCUACUCUACCAUAUUUCAAGUCCAUGUCUAAUUUUUAAUGCUCCUAGGGAAGAGGAGAUGUUUUAAUUUAGCACUGUCUGAUUGGUAAGUGAGAUAUCUAGAAAACUCUAAUACUAAUACAGAAUGAUGGAAGUCCCAGCCUACAACUUAGGCAAUCGAUUUGUUCUCUUUACUACUGAGAACAUAAAAAUUCAGCUUCUUCCAUUCUAUUUACUGCCAUUUUAUUUGAAUUUCACAUUGACUGAACAGCAGAAAAAUCCUCAGCUCAUUUGGAAAGGGAUGACAGGCAGAUCUCUAGGGGAAAAAAGCUCCAAUUUGUUUCCCAACAGGAUAUAAACAGUGUUUCUAGUGUUUCUUUCUCCCUCCUUUUCAGAAAAUUUGCCUUCCUCCAUUGCUUUCCCCCUUUUAAUUCAUUAUUUAUUUGUUGUUACCUAAAGUGGUAUCCAACAAUGUGGCAUCUCCAACAAGCCAUUUAAUUAAUGCAAUAAAACACUUUUUAACCAAGGCAUUUGGCAGAAUUUGAAAUGUCAACCUCAUGAAAUUAGGAGCCCAGCAACUGCUUUCUUUACUGUCUCCAGAAAUUGUCUCACAACAAAAAGAUUAACUAGUUCUUUUUCAAAUAUCAAUAAAGACCUGUACAUGAAUUUACAGUCUGAUCUCAAAGGGCUUCUCACAAGAAAUGAAAUUCAAGUGUAGGUUUAGAAUUAAACUAAGGAAUGUGCUUUCAAGAGAGGCCAUUUUACCUGUAGGGGAUCUUAUUUAAUGACAAUGGGGAUAUUCCCUGUUGGUUUAUAGUCAGCACCAUAUCAAAGCAAACAUCUCUACAAUCAUCUGCAUAGUUCUCUUCUGUACCUGAAAGUUAUUUUUGACACAGGCAUUUACUAGCAUUACUAGCUACUGCUAGUAGAAAUACAACUUGGAACAAGAACAUUGAUACUGUGUGUUCUCUUGGGGCCUGUGAUAAAACAGAGAUUAAUGACUACCAAAUGAAACACUGUGGUGUGCAAAUAAGAUAAUCAAUACAGCAUACAUUUCAGUUAUCUCAAAAGUAUUUUAUAUAUACACAUAUCUUUCUCUAAAAUUGACUGCAAUUUGAUUUUUUAUUGGUAUCACUACUUCUGCUGAUCAGGCACCUCUGAGUUCACAGAGAAGAAAAAUGGAAGAAUAAAGUUUCAACUCACUCAGA